AAGUCCAACCCAAAUACCCAAUUUGCUAAGUCGAUUUCUAGAACUACCACUAUGGACUUUUUACAUGUAGCAAUCCAGCAAGCAGGCCCGAGACCAUCCAAGCAAGACCUGUUCGAGCCAUUUUUCCAGUCCUGGGCCUGAAACCAUAUAGGACUGCAACAGUACUUAUCGGGCCCGGGACGGCCUUUUUGGCGCAGAGCAACAUAAAAAUCUACUAAAUUUAGCCGUAGAAACAGCGCCCGUUAUCUUCUUCCCAUGGUCGACAACGAAGAAAAGAUAAGAAAAUGCCUACUUUGAAUCUGUACACAAACGUGCCGGUCGACGCCGUCACCACCUCCGACAUCCUCAAGGAUGCCACUAAAGCUGUUGCCAAGACCAUCGGCAAACCCGAAUCUUAUGUAAUGAUUUUGCUGAAUGGUGGAGUACCCAUUGCGUUUGCUGGCACGGAAGGUCCAGCUGCAUAUGGGGAACUGAUUUCCAUUGGGGGUCUUGGACCUAGUGUUAAUGGAAAGUUGAGCUCAAUUAUUGCGGAUAUUCUUCAGACCAAGCUUUCAAUUGACAGCUCUCGUUUUUACAUCAAAUUUUAUGAUGCACAGCGCUCAUUCUUUGGGUUCAAUGGUUCAACUUUCUGACAAGCUGUAUUUUCGUGUUGUACAUCAUUGUAAAGCAUUGCUGGUAGUUCAUGUACCAGGGCUGGAUGAUGGGCUCUAUUUGAUCUAUUAUGAAUUUUCUUCCUUCCGGACAUUACCUCUAUAUCUGAUUCUUACCAUGUUAUUAUAUCAGUUUAAUGGAGUUUGGAUUUAGACAUCACAAUAAUUUAAAUCAAAUGUC